CAUUUUUAGAAAAUGGGGGGAACUAUCGUAGGAAUCCGCGGCCCUACACGACUUUCAUCUACUUGAACUGACCCCCCCUUUGCGACAUAUUGCAUUCGUUCACUUCGAUAGAGAGAGAGAGGCCACGAUUUUUGCAAAUUCAAAUUGCUGGUUCUAGUGCUUGAGAAAUUGCUGGUGAUUCGAAUGAUGAGGUACCGAUGCUAUUGGAUACUUGUUCUCAACUAUCCAAUGAUUCCAUGGAUAUCCCAUUAAAAAGGUUUAACACUAAGCAUACUACUUGAAGUGUGUCAUGUGGGUCAAUGGCCGCUAGGAAUUCGAUGGGGCCCUAUGGAAGUGAAAAUAGCACUCUAUCUCAUACUAGUCCUUUGAAUGGCGGAAAACAGGCCCUGUCUAUGCUUGUGAAUGGUCCUUUAUCUAGCCAUAUGAAGCCUGGGAACUUUUCUCAGCCUAUGAAUGGGACAUUGGGUGGAAAAACAACGGCUGUCAAGGAAUGUGUUAUAGAAACGGGCCAAACGGACAUUGGGUGGAAGAACAACAACUUUGUUGGAAAGAAUGAGCAUUUAUUGAAGUCUGGGCAAUUGGGUAGAUGCAAUGAUCCUUUGUGCACCACAUGCCCAACAAAUUAUGAUUUCAAAGCAGCACAUAAGAAAUAUAACAAGGCUUCAGCUUUUGAAACUAAGUUACAUAAUGCACUUUAUGGGGAUGCCAAAGGCUGGGUGCAAAAAUCAUUUUCCUCUCUAAAAAGAAGUAUUCCCGGCAUCAUGAAUCCUCAUACCAAGGUUGUUCAACAAUGGAACAUUUUUUUGGUCCUUUCUUGCUUGGUGGCGAUUUUCAUGGAUCCAUUGCUUUUCUUCCUAUUGUCCGUGCAAGAGGAAAACAAGUGUAUUCAGUUUAAUUGGUCCUUUGCAAAUGCAAUUGUUGUUGUGAGAAGCUUUACUGAUUUCAUCUACCUACUUCACAUGCUGCUACAGUUUAGGUUGGCUUACUUUGCUCCUGAAUCAAGAGUGGUGGGUGUCAGAGAUUUAGUUGAUCACCCGAAAAAAAUUUCUCUUCAUUACCUGUCUGGCUACUUUCUACUUGAUAUUUUUGUUGUAUUACCACUAAAUCAGAUCAUGACAUUGGUGGUCUUCCCCAAGUACUUGGGAUCAUCAUCGGUGAAUCGUACAGAGAAUCUUAUACUUGCUCCGGUUGUUCUCCAGUAUAUUCUAAGGAUAAUAAGAUUUCUACCAUUGAUUGCGGGUCAAUCUGCUAGUGGCUUCAUAUUCAAGUCAGCAUUGAUAAACGUUGUCAUUAAUCUUCUGAUAUUCGUAGUGGCCCCGCAUGUCGUGGGAUCGUUUUGGUAUCGAUUUGGAGUACAGAGGAUAUAUCGGUGCCUUCGAGAUGCCUGCUCCAUAGAUGAUAUUGAAGGUUGUAAAAGAUUCUUAGACUGCAGGCAUGGGGAAAAUAUCCGAGACUUCAAUUCAUCACAUGCUUAUGCUUGGAUGUUGUGGCAAAACAGCACUACGACAAAUGAUUGCUUUGAUACCGAUCAUGGUAGUUUCUCUUAUGGAAUUUAUGAGCAAGUCGUUGUUGUUUCCACAGAGAAAAGUAUUGUUACAAGAUAUAUGUACUCUUUAUUUUGGGGUUUCCAGCAAAUCAGUACUCUAGCAGGAAACCUAGUGCCCAGCGACUUUGUUGGGGAAGUUCUAUUCACUAUGGGCAUUGUUGGACUUGGCCUGUUUCUUUUUGCUUUACUCAUCGGAAAUAUGCAGAAUUUUCUCCAAUCCCUUGGACGGAGGAGGCUAGAAAUGCAACUGAGGUGUCGUGAUGUAGAACGGUGGAUGAGGCAUCGGCGGUUGCCGGAAAACUUAAGACGGCAAGUACGGCAAUCUGAAAGGUUUAACUGGGCUGCCUAUCGUGGUGUAAAUGAAGAAGCACUAUUGGAGAAUUUACCAGAGGAUCUACAAAGAGAAAUACGCCGCCACCUCUUUAAAUUUCUCGAGAAGGUGCAUAUUUUCAGAGAGAUGAAGCCUCACAUCUUAAAUGCUAUCUGUGAAAGAUCGAAGCAAAAACUGUAUCCAGGAGGAAGCAAAAUACUAGAUCAAGGACAUCCAAUUGACAAGAUCGUUUUCAUUGCUUGGGGAACAAUGGAGAGCGUUGGAGGAUAUGGAAAUCCAAUCCCCUUGUCAGCAGGUGACGUUUGUGGGGAGGAGUUACUCGCAUGGUAUCAUGGGCAUUCUUCACUGAGUAAAAAUGGAAAGCAAAUCAGGUCGUCGGGACAGCGGUUAAUUUCUAGCAGGACUGUGAAGUGUUUAACAAAUGUGGAAGCUUUUGUGCUGCGAGCCGAUGAUCUGGAAGAAAUCACUGCCACUUUUGCACGGUUCUUGCGGAGCCCACGUGUUCAAGGGACCAUAAGGUUAUACAUAACAUCAUCUCAUACAGUUUUAGGAUAGCACUAGAAAAUCAUGUAGCCAAUAGUGGGCCAUGCUUAUGAGGACUGUUUUUGGGCCAUGAUGGACCUGAAAGACCAAUUAUAGCCUUACAGGAUCAAGGCGGGCCACCUUUCAGUAAGCAGUUGAGUUGUUGGGCCAUACAUUAUCCCCUAUCAGAUAAUCCUAGCCAUCCAAAGAAAAUUGACAAUUACAACCAACAAUCCACACUUAUCAAUUGCCAAUCAGGCAGUUAGGAUCAUCAUCCGCGGGGCCCAACAUAUGAAUAAUCUGUAAUAAUUGUUAUGCCUCUUUUGCAAGAACGAAUCUCCAUAUAGAGAGAAAUUGCAGCAACUUGCAUUCAACUAGCAUGGAGAUACCGGAAGAAGCGUUUGAGCCGAGGAGCAAGCGGUCAACCUCAACCAGAUAAUCCCACCAGGUAAUAACCUUCCUAGUAAUUUGUGGAUGUAGUAUCCUAUUUUCCAUGGAAAAAAAUGUAUGUAAUUGUAUUAUUGAUCUCAAUGAUUGGCCCCUUUAUAAGGGGCCCACAUAUCUGUAAUGAAUGCUGGACGUUUAUCAAAUCCCACUCAGUUGUAUCUAUGCAAGUUUUCGUCUCUCUUAUGGUUGUACAUACCACAAAAACAUCGACGUAGAUCAAUGGUUGAUUUAUUUCCAAGGGUCGCCUGUUCUGAUUGAAACAAAUUGUAUUUUUCUGUUCUGGGCAAUAGAGGUGGGACCAAACUAUUGGUAACCCACACUUGGUCUUGGA